AUGGCCUAUUUACUCACCCAGCUACAUGUAAGAAAACAAUUACUUAUCAUUUCUCUAAGGGGUGAGUUCUAUACCGAUGUUCGAUUGAAUGACACACUCUGUGAGCGCUACCACGUCCACGUGGGACGAUAUAGUCGCAAGGUUCUUAACCGCCAUGAGAAGCAACGUUUAGCUACGAGACCCCCACACUUCAUACAAUGUUUGCGAUCCCUGGCCCUGCAACGUCCACAUCACCCGACAUUUGCAGCUGCAGCUGGAACAGAGGAGCCUCACGCUGAGGCAUUAAUUGGUAGGGAUAUGAUUGUAGAGAAUGAUAUGUAUGAUAUGGCACGGCGUCAAUGGAAAGAAGAGGUUUUGCGGGAGGAGUAG